AUGGAGGGGAGAGAAGGCGCAGAAGGGUUAGGAAUUGGUGCGGGGAACAUGAGUGCUGCUGCUGGGGGCUUUUCACAAGAUUUUGCUGGUUCGGAGUCCCAUCGAGCGGAAGCCGAGCCUGUGUGGAAGGAACGACAGAAGCAGGUGGUUGCCGCCUUCCGGCACGCUUGGAAAGGCUACCGAACCUACGCGUUUGGUUCGGACGAGCUCAUGCCGCUGAGCCGCGGCGGCGAGGACGGGUUGGGAAGGCUCGGGGCUACUAUAGUGGACGGUCUAGACACUGCCAUGAUUAUGGGGAUUAAAGACAUAGUAGACGAGGCCGGGCAGUGGAUUGUGAAUACUUUGCCUGAGAAAAUCAACCAUGCCGGGCAGGUGAACUUCUUUGAGACGACAAUCCGGGUUCUUGGUGGGCUGCUGAGCGCAUACCACCUGAAAAAGGACCCGGGCUGGCGUGGAAAAGGAGGCUUGGAAAGAGGAGGAGGGGGAGGGGGAGUGGCAGGAAUGCAAGGAGGAGAGAGAGGAGGAGCGAGAGGAGGAGAGGGAGGAGAAUUGCAAGAAGACGUAGGGGGGCCGGCAGCAGAGAAGUAUCUGGAGGUGGCGGUUGACUUGGGGGAUCGGCUCAUGCUCGCCCUCACUCAGAGCCCCACGCCCGUGCCCCUCUCAGACGUAUACCUGGCUGGACGAUACGCCCAGAGAGCCAACGGGGGCGGGCUGAGCAGCACAGCGGAGUGCACGACGGUGCAGCUGGAGUUCUGGGAGCUGAGCCGACUCACGGGGGAGCAGAAGUACGGAGCAGCAGCGAUGCAGGUGAUGGAGCAUGUGUGGGGGCUGCAGCGACUGGAUGGACUCGUGCCCAUCUACAUGGAGUGA